AUGGACACUAGUGAAAAUAAGAAAAAGGAAAUUAAAGAUGGGGACAGUAGUGAAAAUAGAAAGGAGUUUUUUGGUUAUGAACUCACAGUUAGUAUCUUACUGUCGGUUGGUUUCAGCUGCGCAGGCAAUAGUGAUCAUUUGACUGCUGCCUUCCUCCCAUGCCAUAACAUUUCCCAUGGAAGGAUAUCCCUCGGGCAGAAAUAUUCAUUUGAAUAUAGCGUUGCAGCAAAGGUAUGGAAACUCUCUGCUUGUGACCUGUGUGAGAUAGCUACAAAUUCUGUUUACCAAUCUGGAUUUUCACAUCAAGACAAGUUACACUGGCUAGGGGAUAAAUAUUUCUUAAGAGGUUCUGAAGGAAAUGACAUUCACAAGACAAAUGUUCCCAGUUUGAGGAUCUCUUUCCGAUAUGAGACAUGGAAGGAUGAAAUGCAAUAUAUUUAUGCUGGUCAAGCCACCUUUCCUGAAGAUGUAGAUCCUUGAAACCAGAUGAAAGUCAUUGUUCACCCUUUGAUAUUAGAUGCUUACGUCGGUGAUUUGGUGAACUUUCUUUUGAUGAGCAACAAUUUUGGCAGUGACAAGCCAAUGAACGCCAUGCUCUCUUGCAAGUCCUGUUUCAUAUUGCCCCUCAAUACUACUACUAUCACUACUACUAAUGAUGAUCAUGUUGGUAAGCUCUAGAAUCAGCACCCAUACUAUUACUUGGCAGGAAGCAGGAACACUUCUGUAAGUUAUUUACAAAGUCAAUAGUAUUAUAGUAGUUAGUAAUUAAUAAUAAUGUAGCAAUUUUGUUCUUCAUCAGUAUG